CGCGUUUGAGCUGUACGUUCGCGGCGCCCUGCACAGUCCGGUGAGUCACUGUCCACGCUGGAAUACAGAGAGAAGGGAAGGAGAGAGUGGGGAAUAGCGAACGGGAAAGAACUGGAGCUGCGAGAAUGGCGGUCGAAGAGGAAGGUCUUCGGGUUUUCCAGAGUGUCAAAAUAAAAAUCGGUGAAGCAAAGAACAUCCCUCCAUAUCCGGGUCCGAAUAAAAUGCGGGAUUGUUACUGCACAGUCAACCUGGACCAGGAGGAAGUGUUUCGAACCAAAACCAUAGAGAAGUCUUUGUGUCCAUUCUAUGGCGAGGACUUUUAUUGUGAAAUCCCACGCAGUUUCCGCCAUCUGUCCUUCUACAUCUUUGACAGAGACGUGUUCAGGAGGGACUCCAGCAUCGGUAAAGUGGCUGUGAAGAAGGAAGAACUGCAAAAAUACCACGGUAAAGACCACUGGUUCCCGCUGCAGCCGGUCUGUGCAGACUCAGAGGUUCAGGGAAAGGUUCACCUGGAGCUGCGUCUCAGUGAGGUCAUCACAGACAGCGGAGUCAUCUGCCACAAGCUGGCAACACGGGUUUUAGAGUGUCAGGAUCUGCCCAUAGUGAAUGGCCAGUGUGAUCCGUACGCCGCUGUGUCUUUACUUGGCCCCUCCAGGUCAGAAGCCAAGAAGACGAAGGUCAAACGGAAAACCAACAAUCCUCAGUUUGAUGAGGUGUUCUUUUUUGAGGUGACAAAACCGCUGAGCUACACCAAACGACAGUUCGACGUGGAAGAGGAUGACGUGGACAAACUUGCGCUUAAGGUGGAUCUGUGGACCGCCAGCAAUCUAAAGUUCGGAGACGAGUUUCUCGGAGAGGUACGGGUGCCGUUGAAGGUCCUAGGACAGUCUGGUGUUCAUGAUGCAUGGUACUUCCUGCAGCCAAGAGAUAACGGCAAUAAAUCAGUGAAGGCGGAUGAGCUGGGCUCGUUACGACUCAACAUCAUUUACACGGAGGACCAUGUGUUCCCCACAGAGCAUUAUAACCCGCUCCGAGACCUGCUGCUGCUGCAGUCCGCACAUAUCGAGCCCGUCUCUGCGUCUGCGGCUCACAUCUUGGGCGAGGUGUGCCGUGAGAAGCAGGAAGCCGCUGUCCCGCUGGUGCGACUCUUCCUGCACUAUGGCAAAAUCGUGCCUUUCCUCAGUGCCAUUGCCCACGCAGAGAUCAACCGCACACAGGAUCCCAACACCAUAUUCCGGGGAAACUCACUGACGUCCAAAUGCAUUGAUGAGACCAUGAAGCUGGCGGGGAUGCAUUACCUGCGGGUCACACUCAAACCCAUCAUUGAUGAAAUCUGCACGGACCACAAACCUUGUGAGAUCGACCCCGUCAAGCUGAAGGAGUCUGAGAACUUAGACACAAACAGGGAAAACCUGCGGCAGUACGUGGACCGGAUCUUUAACGUCAUCACCAGCUCGGGUGUGAGCUGUCCCACCGUCAUGUGUGACAUCUUCUUUUCACUGCGGGAGUCUGCCGCCUCACGCUUUCAGGACGACCCGGAUGUGCGCUACACGGCUGUCAGCAGUUUCAUCUUCCUCCGUUUCUUCGCCCCUGCUAUCUUGUCACCGAACCUCUUCCAUCUGCGUCCACAUCACCCGGAUCCGUGCACGUCUCGGACACUGACCCUCAUUUCCAAAACCAUCCAAACACUGGGAAGCCUGGCCAAGUCCAAAUCUGCCAAUUUCAAAGAGUCCUACAUGGCUGCCUUCUACGACUACUUCAACGAGCAGAAGUACGCCGAUGCAGUAAAGAACUUCCUGGAUCUGAUCUCGUCCUCGGCCCACUGGGAUCAGAAGAUCAUUGAGACGCCCAUCAUGCUGAAGGAAGGAUUCAUGAUCAAACGAGCUCAAGGGCGAAACCGCUUCGGUCUGAAGAACUUCAAGAAGAGAUGGUUCCGCUUGACCAACCAUGAGUUCACCUACCAUAAAACCAAAGGUAGUAACGCAAAAGGAGAGGGUGCUCUGUGCAGCAUCCCUAUUGAGAACAUCCUGGCUGUAGAGAGACUAGAGGAAGAGUCCUUCAAAAUGAAAAACAUGUUCCAGGUCAUCCAGCCAGAGAGGGCGCUCUACAUCCAGGCCAAUAAUUGCGUGGAGGCCCGCGACUGGAUCGACAUCCUAACCAAGGUCAGUCAGUGUAACCGCAAGCGUCUGAGCACAUACCACCCGUCUGCCUUCCUCAACGGACACUGGCUCUGCUGCAAGCUGUCUGCAGACACUGCGCCCGGCUGCACACCCUGCACAGGGGGACUUCCUGCCAACAUCCAGCUGGACGUGGAUGGAGACAGAGAGACGGAGAGGAUCUACUCGCUCUACAGCACGUACAUGUCCAAACUAGUGAAGAUGCAGGAGGCCUGUGGCAGUAAGUCGGUGUACGAUGGCCCAGAGCAGGAGGAAUACUCCACGUUUGUGAUCGACGACCCGCAGGAGACGUAUAAAACCCUGCGACUCGUCAUCUCAGCCGUACAGACACUGGAGCAGCAGCACAUGCAGUACAAACGAGACAAGUUCAGGAAAACCAAGUACGGCAGCCAGGAACAUCCAAUCGGUGAUCAGAGCUUCCAGUGUUACAUUCGCCAGCAAUCAGAAAGCUCCACCUACUCCAUCUGACCACGCCCACUGCAGACACUGCAACAGUCGCAUCUCAAACAGGAAACUCUUGAGUUGUGAUUGACCGGAAGGUGGCCACAGAUGAAAGCUAAACCUCUGGUGCUUUUAUAUGAUUUUAAUCAAUCAACAUCUUCCCUUGAAUAGCGUGGGCUGCCGUGCACUUUAUACGUCACACGCACCUGUGGACCAUGUAGCUCCGCCUCACGGCAUGUUAUAACAUUUUAUGAUGUUUUUAAGCUAGGAUUCGACCAGAUGUCCUCUAGCUGUGGAUCAUGUUUUUAUAAACAGAGUAUUGGGCCAAAGGACAGAUCCCACAAUCCUUUGCUUUGAAAGGGUUUUGAGAUGUCAGUGGAUGAGACCUGCGGCUGAACCUGAUGAACUGUAACCAUGUUUUUAACUCGUAUAGAAAUAUCCUGCUCUGUUUCUGCCUGCACUUCCCUUUACUCACCCUUGUGUUGUCGUCACACCAGCUGAAGCAGUGCUGCAUUGUGGGAAAUGUGUCAUGUCGUGUGUGUUAAAGCAUGCAGACGUCCUUAUGCCAGCCGUUUCCAGCAUGUGGCGUGACACUAAACCACUUUCUGAUGGUUAGUGGGUCCAGUUGUGUUCAGCAUCACAUUUCGCUUUUUAUACUUUCUGUUGUGUCUCACAGCUUGCUUUGUUUGUGUGUGUGUGUGUGUGUGUGUGUGUGUGUGUCUGUUUAAAUCUGAAGCAAGCUUGCGUGAGUGUGUUUCAGUUAUUAUGAUUAAUAACUUCCAUUUUAUCACAUCACACUUUAUAGAGACAUUUCAUAUGAAUGUAAUUAUUUUGAUGCAUUUCAUGAAAUCUGUCAAGAUCAUGCUUUGCUUAUAUUUCACCCUAAAAUCAAAUCUAUCUAUCUAUCUAUCUAUCUAUAUAUACACACACACACACACACACACAUACAUUUAAGCUUAAAGAAACUGAAAUUCAUUUUACAAGCAUUAAGAGUUUUUGCAUUGCAAAUUAUUUUACAGUAAUGUAAAAAAAUAAAUAUAUAGGCAAUAGAAAGGAAAUAGAAAAAAUUGUAAGGUAAUUGCACUGAAAAAUGCUUUGUACAAUUUUGCUAGUAAAUUUCACAAACACUUAGAAAUACCAAGUAACACUGAAUUGAAAGUGAAAUUCUAAUGUAGAAAAACAUCUUGAAAAACAUACUCCAAUAAUCUUUGUUUCCUUUACAUCUUCAAAAAAAAAAUUUUUAUUGGCGAGUUUUUAUCGCUCAAUUCUGACUUUUUUUCUCAUAGUAGUUGCAAUUACUUUUUUUCUUCUUUAUCCCUUGAGAGAAACAAGCUACCAUAGUAAAGUGAAAAAUACUGAUGCGUUAUUUUCUUUAUGGAGAAACUUGAUUCUUAUUUUGGUAGGAUUUCAGCGUGAAAUAUGAGCUGGAGAUUGACAGAUUCUUCUGCACUUCAUUCCGAGUAUGGGUCCCCAUACUUGGCCACAUGUCACUUCACUUUUGUUAGUUUGGUGUUGUAUUUUGUUAAAACACGGUUCUUCUGUUUCUGUACAUCCCUCAGUGAUGCAUGUUUCAGUGCUUAGAUAUUUUAAAACGGCCCCAUUUUCCUUCCCAAAUGACAUGCUGUUUAUUUUUAUAUCACAGAAUAAUGCUUUUGGAACUCAAUCCACACACACAGUGUGAAGUAUGCAAUAAUGUCACCUAUAAGUAAUUCACCUGUAUUUGAUCUGUUGAAGGAAUUUUGAUCUCAGAUCCCUAAGAAGGGAGAGUGGUGUUUGUGUGAUGUGUGUACAGACCAACCAACCGAAUGAGACACGCGUGUUUCUUUUGUCCAAAUGAAGGCAAUAACAAAGAAA